UCAGGGCAACAAGUAGGAUCACUUCACAAAUGCUUUUUCCAGCCGGAUCCAGCAUUUAACUGGCUUCACCAUGGACGGCAAGACCAAGACUUCAAUCCUUUCUACGUGUCUGAAUUAAAAUCAGCACACCAAAGCAAUUCAGUUACUAAAGUUUCAAUAAUUCAAGUGGGAUUCUCCGAUUCGAGAUUUUGUAGCUAGAUGUCUAAUAACUAUGAUAAUUGGGAAAGAUUUUGGAAGUUGUUCUCCGUAGGGAACAACUCAGGCAACUUGCUUUAAUGUCCUCGAGGGAACCCAGUUUCAGCUCUAUAUCCGGGUGGACUACUCCAAUUAGUGAUGAUUGGAAUGUUACUAUAUCUGGGAGGAGUACUCCGAUUAGUGAUGAUCGAAAUGUUCAACUUGGAUCUUCUACUUCAAGUACAGUAAAUGAAACGGAUUGGGAGGGAUUGUUGCCGCCUGAUUAUAGGGACAUCAUCUCCAGAUCUGUGAAUCCUGUGGUCUAUGCAACCGUGGAAGAUCUGUUCACGGGACUUUGUAGCUCUCCAAUUUUACUUGAUGGAGGCAAAAUGUGGUAUCAGAGCGUUGAACUGGGGCAAGAUACCUGGAUCUUUGAAGGAGGGCUCGAUCUGCAGCAGAUCUUAUUACAAAUAUGUUUUAAACUUGCAUCGUGCUUCUAA